UACUCAUUGAUACACAUUCAAACCUCUGCGACAAUGUGUGGCAUCACAUAUUCUUUACAUGGGACUUGGAGGCCACUGGAAAUUGGGAGUUGCGAGUUAAUGCUAGUCUUCUAGGAAGUGGAAGUCAUGUACCUUCUAUAACGCCUGAAGAUAUAUUAUCAGUCGGGGCAUCGCAAAUGGAAACUCAGGAAGUGGUGUUCGUAAGUAGCUACAAUCUUUGGAGUACAGAAGUGAGUGAUGACAUCAGAUCUGAACUGGCCACAAAUUGCAUAAGUGGAUAUUUUGGUGACCUCAUAUCCUGGACUGAAUUCGUAGUGGAAGUCACUGAGUCCAAUGAACUUUUAUUGACAUCCCCGUCGGUUUGUGACUCCUUUGAUGAAUGUGUCAGCAACCCAUGUAAAUACGAGGGCACGUGCACCAAUCUGCCGAAUGAAUUCACCUGUGCGUGCAGGGAUGGCUUCACCGGCCCGACCUGUGAGGGGUUCGUUGAUAUCUGCCAGGAGAACUACUGCCAACAUGGCGGGACCUGCUCAACCAUCGAAGGACAAUUAGUUUGUGCCUGUGAAGUAGGACUCUCCGGAGAUCAUUGCGAGUUCGAAAUAAUUGAUGGAGGUUGGAAUGGAUGGAGUCCUUGGUCAGAGUGUCCUGUCACGUGCGGAGAGGGAGUCCAUUCUAGGACUCGGAACUGUGACAACCCGGAACCACAAAAUGGCGGCCAACCUUGCGAGGGAGAGGGGGAGCAGGAGGAGCCGUGUAACACGGAGGAAUGCCCAGGUUGUAUUGAUCUGAAGCGCCCUUUAGAAGGAUAUUUGUACUGCAAUGAAACCCCGACGCUCAUCAAUUGCACAGUGAAAUGCCCAACUGGAUACGAGCCCGAGAAUUCCAUGUUUGAGCGCGACGAGUACUCCUGCGGAGAGGACACGAACUACCGAUGGAACCACCAGACGCCUGCGAAUCCAUAUGCAAGACUGCCCAGUUGUGUUGAGUUGCAGAAAGCUACGGAAGCGAAUGGUUUCUCUAGCGUGGACUACCCCGCAGCUCUUUGCGAAUCUUCGGCAGAAAAGAAAACUAUUGAAGAUGGGUUUAGAAAUCAACUUCUUGGACAUGAGGAGGAAUUUGAGUGUUUGAGUCUUGGGACCUGUCAGAUUGAAAGUGUAAAAGUAGUGAAAUGUGAGUCCGUCGCUGUCAGCGAACGGGCGAGGAGGGCGGCAGACAUGCUUGACACUGGGGCUACUGUCAUGGUUACCACGCUACAGAAUCUAACACACGGGGAUGAUCCCGAAUCGCAGCCUUUGGGUUCCUUCCUGGAAACCUUUAACAGGCUGGUCCAGCAGGAUUAUUUGGUCCUAACCGUUGAUGAUCAGGUCCUAGAACCAAACAAGAGUUCUGUCUAUCUGGACGCUAAUCAGAAGUGUCUACCAGGGUCGUUUAGUGCAAUUCAGUUUGGAUAUUGUGUUCCCUGUGGACCGGGAACAUAUUACUCCAUUCUACCAGACGACGUUGAGUACGAUUGCAACCCAUGUCCGCUAAACACAUAUCAAGAAGACUCUGGACAGACCGAAUGCAUCCCUUGCCCGAAUGAUACCGUGACAGCGGAGCCCUUCUCAUCCAAUAUCUCAGAUUGCUUUGUUCCAGAAGCUAUUCCACCAGUUACACCAGUUACACCAGAACCAGGUUUAGAGGAGAGAACUAAGAUCAUAAUCUCUGUGACAAGUUUCAUAGCAGGACUUCUGGUGUUUGCAGUUGCUAUAGUAUGGUACUCCAUGUGGCACAGACGAAGGACCAAGAAUGUUCGCAUCUCAACAGACGAAGCUAACUCUCUAGCUCAUGAUUCUGAUGCUGUACAACUGGUUGAACUGCGUGGAGAGGCUUCUGAAAACCCUACUCCUAAAUGAAGAAAUUGAAAAAGGAAAAUGAAAAUGGUGGCCUUUUGCCCUCUCUGUUCUUUGAUCCAAGGCAUACUCCAUGAGGAAGAUGAGUUACGUAGUUCCUGUUAAUACUCAGAUCAGGAGGAAUACAUGCCUUCUCUGUUGAAUUUCAUAGUUCUGAAUUAAUUUUUCGAAAUCCCCGCAUUCAUUUUAAACAAAUCAAAGCUAUAGUACCCUUAGAAAUCUUCAAAACUUAACUAUGUUACCUUUAAAUUAGCGCUGUACAUUGAAUUACCGGUAGGAGAAUAUUUUCAUUACGGAUACUAUAUUUUCUAAACAUUCACUUUGCAAAUCAUCAUUUAAGAAAUUCUUCCAUAUAAGAAGUCGAUAUACUUUUUUUUAAAAAUUAGAAUCUGCGAUCUUUGCAGUACUCCACCGUGACAAGUGUGUUAGAUUAAUGAGUUCAUUAUAUAUCUGUUUGUAGAGACAUUGCGUCUGUCCUUCACUAAUUCAUGAAAGUGUGGGGUUUGAAGAGGAGAAAUUUUUUUAAGGACUAUUAAAAAGAAUACGCAGAUUAUCUGACCUUUAAUCAGCGCUGGACGUUGGAUUACCGGUAGGAUUUUUUU